CUGCCCCCUUCUCACGAUACACGGUCACAUGACCGACACGUCACUCGUCCUUCUCGCCACUGGCAGGUGUUCUUGUGCUCCUGCUCCCACAGCCUUCAGCACUUAUAGGAGAUACUGAGGAGGAGGAGGGGUUUGGGCUGGUCACCCAUUCACUCAAGUCAUCUUUCCAUUAUCCUCUUCUACAAAAGCCCGGAGGAGCCAAGAGGCCCGGCCAUGGAUGCACAGAAAGAAGCUUUGCAGAGGAUUAUCACAACUCUUGCCAACAAAAAUGACGAAAUCCAGAAUUUUAUUGAUACUCUCAAUCACAGACUACGAGGUGUGCAGGCAAACUCGUCUAAAGUGCUUUCCGAUUUGGAUGAUGAGUUUGAUAGCCUGUACUCGUUUCUGGAUGAGAUGAAAGAGAGCAUGACUAACACCAUAAAGCAAGAGCAAGCCCAGAAAAUGCAGGAGCUGCAGAAUCAGCUGAGCCAGUGUACAAAAGCCCUGGAGAGCUCAGAGGAGCUAUUAGAAUUUGCUUCACAGUCUGUCAGCAUAAAGGAACCUGAAGAAUUCACCAAGGCUGCCAGACAGAUCAAGGAUAGAGUAACAAUGGCCCCUGCAUUUCGGCUCUCACUGAAACCAAAGGUCAGUGACAAUAUGACCCAUUUAAUGGUGGACUUUUCCCAAGAAAGGAAAAUAAUCCAGUCUCUGAAGUUUUUACCAGUCCCUAAGGCACCUGAAAUCGAUCCAGCAGACUGCAUUGUGGCAGACAACUGUGUGAGCGUAGCAUGGAGAAUGCCUGAAGAAGAUAGCAAAAUUGAUCAUUACGUGCUUGAAUAUAGGAAAACAAACUAUGAAGGACUACCUAGAGUCAAAGAUGAAAGAUGCUGGGAGUUAAUUGAUCACAUAAAGGACACUGAAUAUACUCUUUCUGGUUUAAGGUUUGACUCUAAGUAUAUGAAUUUCCGAGUAAGAGCUUGCAAUAAGGCUGUUGCUGGGGAAUAUUCAGAUCCGGUCACGUUGGAAACCAAAGCGCUGACGUUUAGCUUUGACAACACAUCGUCCCAUCUUAACUUAAAAGUAGAAGAAUCGUUUGUUGAGUGGGACCCAACGGGAGGUAAAAGUCAAGAGAACAAAGUAAAAGGAAAGGAAAACAAAGGCAGUGGCCAUGUCACGUUACUGAAGAACAAUACCAGAAGUGGAACCCCAUCACCAAAAAGAACAUCUGUCACUUCACGGCCAGCUACAGUAAGGGGAAGCAGAGACCGAUUUACUGGCGAGUCUUACACAGUCUUGGGUGACGCUGCAGUUGAAGGUGGCCAGCAUUAUUGGGAAGUAAUAGCCCAGAAGGACUGCAAAUCCUACAGUGUGGGUAUCACACACAAAACAAUAGGCAAGUUUGACCAACUGGGAAAGACGAACACCAGCUGGUGUUUAUAUGUCAACAACUGGUUACAGACAACAUUUGCUGCAAAGCACAACAACAAGGCCAAAGCGUUGGAGAUGACUGUCCCCGACAGAAUAGGAAUAUAUUGUGAUUUUGAUGGAGGUCAACUUGCAUUUUACAAUGCAGAUACAAAACAGUUGAUAUAUAGCUUUAAAACAAAAUUUACACAACCAAUUAUCCCUGGAUUCAUGGUUUGGUGUGGUGGAAUAACAUUAUAUACAGGACUGCAGGUUCCAAGUGCAGUGAAAACACUUCAGAAGUCAGAGAAUGGGAUGAGUGGCUCAUCCAGCAGCCUAACAAGUGCUGUACAAUAACAUAAUAUGCUUAGUACUGGGAAGUUUGCUCUGAGUGGAUUAUUAGUUUUUUUUCAUUUUAUUCUAGUAACAUUCUGGUUGCUGUUCACCAAAACUGCAAGCUAACUGACCUUUUAGGUUAAGUGCCCUCUGCUGUUUGGGGACUUGUGGCUUCUUGGUGCCCUGCUCAUGUGCUGGUCCGGUCAGCAAAGCGUACCAACUGCAAGCCACCUGAGAAGAUACAGAAGCCAUUGGAAUUAGGAAAGAAACAAAGUAGGAUGUCACACCUACUGGUUUCAAUUGUAGUCAAUGACUUGUAACCUAGUCGCACAGUUCAUAUGUGUAUUUAACAAAAAACUUUUGCCUCAUACUGGAAAACUGAGCGUUCAAUCUGACAAACAAAGAAGCUUUUCCCUUACCCAAAAUGAGCACUCCAUCCAAGUACCAAACCGACUAAUGGCAGUACCACAUGCAAGACUUUGGUGCUUUCUGAAACGUUUUAGUUUUUCAGAUUUACCAAUUAUUGCUAAUCCUGUCUGACGGGUACAAUAGAGAAUUUUGGUUUAGAGGGUUGGUCCUUGUUGGAAAGAAUAUUGUGCAUCCUCUGUGGAUCUCCGACACUAUAAAAAAGUCCGAUUGUUUUUAAUGGUAGGCGUGGAAAUACAGUAUCUUUGGAAAUCUAAUACAAUAGGUAGCUGAGAGAUGAUUUACUUAUACCUAUGCAGUCGUAACUUUCAAACACACACUUAAAUAGUGAUCAGGUUUGCGUUAUUUCAAACAUUUUCAUCUUAUAGUCUUGCUAUAUCCAAGAAAUAAUUGGAUUCUAUAUUUAAGGACCAGUAAUGCCAUGAAGUUUUCAUUUUUUACAUGUAAACUUUAUAUCUGAUCAUCCAGCACCUACAAAUGAACUAUUUGUUGUCCUAUUUCAUGGGAUGUUUUUAUUCUCUAGUGAUACCAGCUUAUCUCUUAUAUGGUAUGUAAACAUGUGCCCUAGUUCCGUUUAAAUGCCUGUAAAUAUCAUUAACACUUGUGAAAGAAACAACAAGGCUAUGCAAAUCUGCCCCACAGUUUUACUAGUGCAGCGGAACAGGUCAUUAUAUUUAAAUUACACUUAAAAACCCUAUACAUUUUAAUUUGCCAUUUUCCCUACUUAUUUCACUAUCUGCACUAGAUUCAGUCAUUCCAGCAUUUAAAUCAUUAAUCUUCACAUGCGAUUGGUAUAGGCAUUAUUGGGAAGGCAGGAAAUGGAGUUGUAAAUGUAGGUCCCCUUUAUGUGAUCUGAUCAUUCAUCCAGAGGCCAAACUAACUGAUAAACCCAAUUAGACCACCAAUAAACCCAAUUAGACCACCAUAUUGUUUUCUAAGUCAAAUAUCGACUCAAUAGGUGACCCAUUAAUUGUAUUUUAAAUAUUAAAAACAUUAAACAGUAGCUGUGGCUGUAGCAGGCUGACCUGCUGUAGUAAGUGCUGGUUUGGGCAUUUCUGCAAUGGCAUACAUACACUUAAAGGAUAAGCAACCCUUUAAAAUAAGUGAAUGUAAAAUUGACGAGAGUGCUAUUUACAUUCAUUAUUUAUUUUGUUUUUAUUCCAAGAUAUUAAGGGAUACAUGUACUGUUAAUAUGAAUGAAAAUUUGUUAAAAUAUUGAGAAUCAAGGCAGUGAUAAAAUGCAUCAUGUCAGAAUAAAACAGGACUCUCGUGCAGAGCAGUUCUUAAAAAGCUUCCUGUAAGAAGUUGGAACAUGUCAGUAUAACUUUAAGAUAGAAAGGAUAUGCUCUUAGUUAUUCAACUACAAUAAUUGUCAAGGCAAGUUAAUCUUUUGUACUGUGUUGCAGAAUUUGAUAAUGGGUAUAUAUAAGUAAGGGGAGUAUGUCUUGCAAGAAACAUGUAAGUGCUUGGACCUCUUUUAAGAUAAAAACAUCUUUAAAUAUGGAUAAAUAUGACUGAUUUCUCCUUUAAUUAUGUGUAAAGAUUACCAAUAUAUAUUUUUUGAAUGUUUGGAAACAAUUUAAUACGUUCAUCUGUUAUUUCCAGAUUACUGUCAUUGAAGAAGUACAGCAGACACAUGCUGAGCUUACACUUAUUUUUUUUUUUACACUUUUUUUUUUCUUUAAAGAAAUGUUUAAAUUCUUGGACCAUGGUAUCACAAUGUAGAGAGAAUCCACCCGGAGAGCAUGAAUCCAAACCUUUAAAAAGGCUGUGCUGAAUAACUGCAGAUUUUUUUGAAUAAUUUGUCCUUUAAACAGUGGCAUUACUACAAUACAACACAACACUAGUUUAAGAAUACAAAUAUCUCCUGCACUGAUGGAGUUUUGAUGAUCAAUUAAUACAAUGCUAACUGCCUAACUGCAUGUCGAUGCUGUAACUACACUGUCCAUAUGUUUUGACGCAGACAUUUAAAAACUGUAACACCAUGUUAAGGGCAAAUAAAUAAAAGGUGCUUCUCCAUCUAUGUUUAGUAUUUCAGAUUGUCUGCAAUGUGUGUGCCCUCUUGUGGACAAUUAUCAGCUUGUUGCACUGCACACAAUUGUUUCAUAUGGCUGCAAGCUCAGUGCUUUUCAAGCAUUCAGGCCAGGUAGUAUGUAUGUAUUUGUUGCACUGAAUGGAGAAGCCUCUCCACAUACAUUACAUGCAUCGACACCUAUGUGUUAACAACCAAUGAAGACAAAGAUUAUACUUUAUUGGGCUUAUUUUACAUCUUAGAUGUGAAUUAAAUUCAAAUGUUCUUUUCUAUUUUAAUGCAAGUAAAUUGGAAAUACACAAAUUGACAUUUUUAUACUUUAUCACAAACUACUCCUUUCACCAAUGCGCAGAUUUAUUAAGGGUUGAAUAGUAAAUUCAAAUUUGAAUUUUGAAAUUUUGUUUUUGGUGUAAAAAUUCACACAUUUGAAUUGUAAUCCCCCAAUUCGAAGAGAUUUAUCACACCUCGACUAUGGAUACAGUUCUAAUUCAAAUAUUUCGCCCCCUAAAACCUGCCGAAUUCAAUUCCAAGUCAAUGGCAGAGGUCCAUUGACCCAUUUAAAUAUGUUAAUAGCCUUCCUUCAAUUCGAGUUGCGUUCGUAUCCGAAUACGAAAUGAAUUUUCAGAUCGUUGCCAUUCGAUUUAAUUUCAGAAGUUAAUAUUUUUUUCAUAAAUAAGUUCCCAUUCGAGUUGUGAGUACAUUUAUUAGAGUAAAAGAAAAUUCACAUCAUUUCGAAAUUCAACCGUUGAUAAAUCUGCCCAUUAAUAUUGGUUUAGUUUCAUUAUAACAAGAUGUUUUGAUAAACCACUUUUAAAAGUUACCUACAGCUAAGUGUUGUACGUGCAGCUGAUAAUUUGUUCAAAUUUGUAUUCUACUGUUUACAACAAUUUUGCUGGAAAAAUCUUGAAAGCAAGUUCAUUUGUGUUACAUCGAUGCCUUCAUAAGGAACAAAAACAAUAUGUACAUGGUUUCAGGACUUUGCGCAUAAAUGGUCCAUAAAAAUGUUAGAACUUGGUACACUAACUCCAAAUGAGAAGGAUUAAAUCAGCAUUGUGGUUAUUAAGUGUAGGUCCAAGCGAUCAGUCAUGUUAACGUAAGUUAUAUCAUUUACAUUUCGAUGGUCCUCCUGCAAUUUGUCCUCCUGAAAUGGCCAAAGAAAAUGAUCCCACAAAGAAGAGAGAAACCAUCUAGGACAGGGGUGUUUUAUGCCUGUAGACUUGUAUAGUUGCGCGAAUGUUGUUUUCUACUAAUGCCGUUUUUAGCCAUUAAGCUUAAGAGAACAAAGAGCACAACCAUUAUUAUCUAGGCAUAGAUCAGCGCCACAACAUCACUAACAUACCUGUUUACUUGGGGGGUUCUUUGCACCCACGUCUGUAUUGUGAUGCUUUUCAAAGUGAAACCGGAGCAUACUUCUUAGAAAAUAAUAACCCCACUGAAAGAGGACAUUCAUAUUGCAGCAGGAUAUCGGAAAUGUACAUAACAUUUCAUCUAUUCAAGAACAUAAACCCUCUUACCAAAUCGUAACCUUCAGCUAUUAAAUGUAACUCAGGAAUAAAGAAAAAUGUAUUCUGUUUUACUUUCUACUUCAAAUAACCUUGUAUGACCCUCUUUGCUGUACAGGUGUCAUCCUCAUUUCAUCCUUUAAUUGUUGCAGUAUUUGAGGUGCCUGAGAAAUAGAUUUGAGCUUUUGUGCUCUAGGUUAUACAGGGAUCAAUUGUCUGUUAACAUAGCCUCAUUCUUCCUCACGUGUAUGAUUUUAUGUUGGAUUCCCCCUGAUAACUGUAAAAUAAAUGCUAACUUGAA